CCAGGCCAACACCUCAAGGGAGCAGAGUCGCGUUCGUUGGUUAUGGAUGCGUAAUGGGCAUUCACGGCAUCUACAAGGAGAUCGGCAGUGGCCAGCGCAUCGCCCUCUCCAAGCUCGCCGUCGACAAGUUCGAAGAGACCGGUCGUCCACUUCGCAUUGCUAUAGAUGUAUCGAUAUGGCUUUUCCAAAUACAAGCCGGAAAAGGAGGGACGAAUCCAGCCCCACGCACAUUCUAUUAUCGACUCCUUCGUCUGAUCGCCCUUUGUAUACAUCCUAUAUUCGUAUUUGACGGUCCGAACAAGCCGCCCUUCAAGCGGGGGAAGAAGACAGGCGGCCAUGUGUCUUCGGUGCCGGAUUUCCUUGCCAAGCAGUUGAUUAAGCAGUUUGGAUUCCCUAUACAUUAUGCGCCGGGCGAGGCGGAGGCCGAGUGCGCCUUGCUACAGCGAGAGGGCAUUGUGGAUGCCGUACUGAGCGAAGAUGUGGAUACGCUCAUGUUCGGCAGCGGCAUAACAAUCCGCAAUUGGUCACCCGAGCCAGGGACCAGCGGAAAGACGCCUACGCAUGUCAAUGUGUACGAUGCUGAAAGGACUCGGAGCUCUGGCAUAGACCCGGAAGGGAUGAUACUCGUCGCCUUGAUGAGCGGAGGAGACUACGUGCCCAAAGGAAUUCCCAACUGCGGACCUAAGAUCGCAUGCGAAGCUGCAAGAGCUGGAUUCGGAAAAGACCUGUGUAGGCUUAAGAAGUCUGACCAAGCUGGGAUACGGGAAUGGCGGGAGCGACUACAGCACGAGCUCAAGACGAAUGAGAGCAAAUUCUUCGCGACCAAGCACGGUGCGAUCAAGAUCCCAGAUGACUUUCCGCGUCUCGAUAUUUUGACCUACUAUACUAAUCCCGUGGUGUCGAAUAAGGCGUCGCUGGACAACCUGCGAAGAUCUAUGACGUGGGAUAAGGAAAUCGACUUUCCAGGCUUGCGCACAUUCACUCAUGAUGCAUUUGACUGGAUCAAGCUCGAAGGCGCAAAGCAUUUCAUCCGCUGUCUUGCUCCCGCGAUGCUUGUCCGUGGUCUGCGUAUGAGAGCUAUGCAGGACCGUUUCAUCUCCGAUAACCUUGAAGCAAUUCGGGAGGAUGAGUCGCUGCUUGUCAAAGGCAUCCACAGUAGAAGACAACACCCUAUAACGGACAAUACCAACGAACUCCGCGUCAGCUACACUCCGAUUGAGUUGGUGAAAAUCGAUCUUAGCAAGGAAGAGCCGGAUGAUUUUGAGUCUACGGAUGCAGGGACAGACACAGCAGAUCCGGCUGAGCCAGACUUGGAUAUCCUCGAGUUUGGUGACGAUGAAGACGGGACUGAACCGAAGAAGCGCGGGCCCACCAAAUUUGAUCCUUUGAAACCUGCACGGGCUUGGGUGAUGGAGACGUUCGUCAAAGUUGGGGUGCCGCUAACCGCAGAAGAAUGGGAAGCAAGCCAGCGAAUGCCCAAACGGGCUGCCACAUCCAAGGGGGCGAAUAAGAUUGCCUCCAAGGCGAAGGGUAGCAAGAAGACUGGGACCACCAAGGCUGCGAAGGCUACCGAUGCUGCAUCACAAGCGUCAAUAAUACAGUUUGGAAGGAUCACGAAGCCCAUUGCAAAGAAAUCGCAACCGGUCUCGAAGCCACAGACUUCGUUAUCGCAGCCCUCCAAGCCCGCUCAACAGCCUCAGCGAUCGAACUUCAUUGACUUGCUUUCAUCGUCACCACCCAAACCAACAAGUACGGUAUCCGCACAGCGACCGAGGGAGAACAGCUUAUCGCCCAUCCGGGAACUGCCAUCGAGUGUAACUAAGAGACGCAAACGAGGACUAUUAGCACGAUCGCAUACCUCUCCCGCAGACCUGAGCUCCCCCUUGGCUCGACCCAUAACGCCACCACCUAACGCUAUCCCGACAUUGAAUCUCCUCACCUCACCGGCAAUACCCUCGCCAUCCGAGCUACCAGCUAAAAAGGCGCGAACUCGGAGUGUUAGGGACGUUCCAGAACCGAGAGUCCGGAGGCAGAAAUCAGUCACUGCCUCUCCGAGUAAAGGGAAGCAGACGACCUUGGAUGCAUGGACACUAUCCUCGCCAGCAGCUACGCCAACAAAAGCUCGCACCGCCAAUGUGCCUACGGCAAGUAAAGCACCACUCCUAGCUCCGCCGCGGUUCCAGAAAACGCUCGACUCCGGAAUAGACAUCUUGGAUCUCACGGCCUCGCCGCCUAAGCCUGUUUCUAAACCCCGUCCUGCAACUGCCACCGCCAUCACUACCAACUCCACGCUACCCAACGCAACAGCAAAGGCCCGGCGCACGCAGACAGAUCCAUUCGAGCCACGACCUCCACUCCAAUCACUCUGCUCCAAUACAUCCUUCUCCUCCAUCACAUCCUCCGCCAGCCACACAUCCACUUCCACACCAGCACCAGGCCCCAACGACCCAUCGAAACCCACCCGCCCAACCCGCCGCGCUGCACCCCGCUUGGAUAAUCCAUCUUCCAAAACCCCUCCUCCCGAAAUCGCCACCCUGGACCUGACUCUAGACCUCUCCCCUCCUGCUCGACCACUACCCAAACUCCCCCUCACCGCCACUGCCGCACCCUCCACCUCCGCAAACUCCUUCGAUCCCACCACCUCCACGCUUGGGCGUACUCGCCCUGCCUCCCCGCCACCGCCUCAAAAACAGAACGAAGACAAGGCACCAUGGAAACGCCACCGCGCCGCGCGGACCCAGCGCAAACGCGUCAUCCAGCUGCGCGCCAGCGGGGUCGGGACGUGGGAAUUUGCUGAUGCGAGUAGUACUAGCAGCAAUAGUAGUAGUCCUGUGAGUGUCUCCCGUGGUGGCGAUGAGAUGCGAACGACAACCGAAAGAGGAGGACGAGCAAGAGAAGCAAGAGGAGGAGGCAAAACAGUCGUGCGGAAUGGGAAGGAGAGGCGGCGUUGGAGGGAGAGCCAGGUUGCGGUUUUGGAUCUAGUUGGGGAUGACUGAUGGAUGAUAAGUGGAUGGAUGGAUGGGUGGGUGGCCGCUUGAUUAUUAUAUUGCUUCUCUCUCCAUAUUCCGGUUGUGUGGUUUUGUUUUUAAGUGAUGAGUAAGUAUGGAUUCUUGGGUAUGCAGUAAACUUGGAGGACGGGGGUUACAAUCUUUGAGUAUUGGUUGAGCACAUGCGACGCGGAUGGGGGCUGCUGGGUAUUAGCGCUGGCGUCCCGGUUUGAAUGAAUCUUAAUGUAUCAUGUCAGUUUCAGCUCAACGUCACUUUUCCAAAACUGUGUGCAAUCAUUCAUU